AUGGAAAAUUGUGGCAUGCCAAUCCAGAAAAGGGGAAGGAACUUUGGUCCUCAAGAUGACCAGCAGCUUUGUAAAUCGUGGAUCACGAUUUCAGAAGAUCCAGUGAAAGGCACAGAUCAAUCUGUAUCAAUAUUCUGGACAGCGAUAAAGAAUGACGGUAAUUUUCAUUCUAGAACAACCGAAAGCCUGCGUCAAAGAUGGGGAAUUAUCAAUCGUGCGGUCUCGAAGUUUACUGGUUGCUAUAAGUCUAUUAGUAGUCUGAAUGAAAGUGGCACCAAUAGCGAGGACGUGCUACAGAAAAGUUUGGAUCUACAUAAGCGUGAACAAAAAGAAGAUUUUAAGCACAUGGAAUGCUGGGAAGUUUUGAAAGUUUGUCCAAAGUUUAAUAUACAUAACGCAACUCAAAAGUUACCUGGAACAAAAACAGCUGAAUUAUUCGAGAGCACCACUACAAAGAGACCCAUUGGAAGGAACUCAGCAAAAAAGGCGAUAAUAGCGAAAGCUUUUGAAUACAGAAGAGCAGACGCUUUAGAACGUAUUGAUAAGGCGACAGAGCGAAAAGCAACUCUAUUCGAGGUUUAUACCACUGCUCUCAAACAGCAAAAUCGUUUACGAGUUGCCACCGCUCGGCUAGACGAAUUAGACGCAGUUUCUCAAAAAAUUCUUAGAAUCGAGAAGCAAAGAUUACUUACGGAUAUGAGCGCGGAUUUACAUGAUGAAACUAGCAUCUCUCAAUCAUCUUUAGAUAUCGAAGAAGAGCCAGAAGAAAACAUGUUUGAAGAAUACAUUGAAGAGGAUAUUUAA